CAAAAGAUACAAAAGUCAAAAGCCAAACGCGCGGGCGGAGGCGGCAUCGGAGGCAUCUCAUUGCCCUCCACCCGGGCGCCCGGCAUGGAGACGGGGCUUUCUCCAGCGGCUCUGGACCUGCUAACACGAGCAGCGCAGAGCGCAGAGUUGAUGGAUGAAAAGGGGACUGGCAUCCUUCCAGUGCAAUGCUGGCGUACCAUACUCCUGGACCUUGGAUUGACGGAGGACAGCGAAGGUGCCAACUUCCUCAUGGACUUUGUGGAACCAUGUAGCCAAGGGCAUUUCACCUACAAGCCCCUGCUGGCGGCCCUUAGUGCUCAAGAGCCGAGGAGGAGAGAGGACGGACCAGGGAAGCCGCCCUUGGGUCAGCUACCAUCCCCAGAGCCCAGUCCAGGCAUGGGCUACGAAGAUGUAGAGGACUUGCUUGCACGAGCAGUGCGGAUCGUGGAGUCGAUGGAUGAAGAGGGGACCGGUGUCCUUCCAGUGCAAUGCUGGCGUACCAUACUGCUGGAGCUCGGCUUGACGGAGGGCAGCGAGGGUGCGAACUUCCUCAUGGACUUCAUGGAACCGUGCAGCCAAGGGCAUUUCACCUACAAGCCCCUACUGGUGAGGAGAUCGGAGGAUGGGCGGAAGAUCGGCCAGGGAGGCUCGAGAGAAGUUGAAGCGCUGCAAGAGCCUUCUCUCCGACCAGAGAAGGACGCUUUUGAUUUUAAGCUUCAACUUCCUACGUCACUCAGUCCAGGUGUGGGUAGCCAAGAUGUGGAGGAGCAGGGUCAAGCCGCUUCGCCCAGCCAUGGAUAUCCCAAGGAAGCCUCGUGCGCCGACUCCAUCCACUCUGCGGGCACCAGCAGGUAUGUCGAGAAGGCUCCAGAACCUGAGAGCUCUCCGCUCAAGGAGGCACAGUUGCGGGAGCACGAGGCCUCGCAUCCGCCAGUGCGAGUUUUGGAGGUGGUGGACGAUGUGUUUUGGCAGAAGCGAGGCCCCGCCAUCCAACGGCUCUAUGGCCAAUGGGAUUGCAAUCAGCUGACCAACCAAGCGUUUCAGGCGCAGAUGCAGCAAGUUCUGGGAAACAGUGUGGACAUCACGCACCCAGAGAGCGAGUUUCUGAGACUCAUCAACAAGCACCUGUCGGCCCGGACCAUGAAGUUCGCCUCGAUGAUGUCGGGCCUUCGGCGGGAUGCGCACAGUACAGCGAGGCGCGAAGGUGUCAGUGUUGCUCCAAGUGCUUGGUCGGCCUAUGAACCUAGUGAGGCUGGCACUGAGGCUUCAGCGGCUGGAAGGCCAACCAAUCCCUUGGCGCCCAUGUCGCGUGGAGGUCGAAGGCAUUUUCAGCUUCCCUCAGAGAACUAUGUUCUGUCGGAGUUGGGCAACUCAGCCUGGCGCAUUUUCUCUGAGAACGACUUGCCCGGCAACAAGCCUGCACCCGCCUUAGGUGGUGUUCCUGAAGACCAAGUGCCUCAGGACUUGGGCGCGGUGGCGAGGCCCAAGGCUCAGGACAUGGACAUCUUCGGGCGAAAGAUCGCGAAGCCCUUGCCCCGACGGGACCUGGCGAAGGCCGAGACGGGUAGUGUUGCAUCGGCUGCUAGCGGGAUGAGCGAGGCAGAGAUCCAGCGUGAGGCCUUCUCGGCCCGCAACCGCAGUGGCCAUGGGAACAUUUUGGCUUGGGAUGACGGAAGCCGGCCCCUGACACCUCCAAAAGUGCGGGAGGGCCGGCACGUGGCGGUGGAUCCAAGCGGAAUGCCCAGGUGAGAUCCGAGAAAUGGCUGGAUCAAGUGGAAAGAAGCAUUGCAGCAGUUCCUUUCAUCAAACAUGGUGAGGAGUGUUGUUUGAGAUUGGUGUGUGACAGUUUGGAUGCUGGACAGACCAACUCCAGUGAUCCUUUCAAACAGCCCUGAACAGGCCGCCACCUUGUCCCAUCCCCAUUGGUAGUCAGAAUAUCAAGCAUUGCAUGCACUCGACAUGUUGGAAGAAGGUUGAAUAUGUCUAGCGGCAUAUUUUAAAUUACAAUUAAUUUGAUAAACCAACAUAUAUGCCAACGAUUGAAUCUUUACAAAAAUA